CGUUAUUGUCUAAAGCCCUCGUUAUACUUGUGCCAUUUUCGUCCGUCCCUCUGCUUCUUCUUCUUCUUCUUCAGGUUUGCUUCCUCUUUCUGGGUAUUGAUAAAGUAUCCUUUAUUAAAAGGUUAGGAAGGGAGUUGAAGUUGUGUUAAGUUCUGGUAGAUGGCAACUAGAUCCGACCAAGAUGUCGAUGAUGAUUUUAGCGAAAUCUAUAAGGAGUACACUGGACCUCUAGGAUCUAAAGCCUCCAAUGCACAAGAUAAGGCAACAACAAACAAAAGGUCUCAUGUAGGUUCUGAUGAGGAAGAGGAAGCUCCUGAUCCCAAUGCUGUCCCCACUGAUUUUACUAGCCGAGAAGCGAAGGUUUGGGAAGCAAAGUCGAAAGCUACCGAGAGGAAUUGGAAGAAGAGGAAGGAAGAAGAAAUGAUCUGUAAAAUUUGUGGAGAAUCAGGUCACUUUACGCAGGGUUGCCCUUCAACUCUUGGAGCAAAUCGCAAGUCUCAAGAUUUCUUUGAAAGGGUACCUGCAAGAGACAAGCAUGUAAGAGCACUUUUCACAGAGAAAGUGAUACAUAAGAUUGAAAGAGACAUUGGCUGCAAAUUUAAGAUGGAUGAGAAGUUUAUUAUUGUCAGUGGCAAGGAUAGGUUAAUUUUGGCCAAAGGCGUAGACGCUGUUCGCAAAGUGAUAGAGGAAGGUGGUGAUCAUAGAGGUUCAUCUAGUUCUCAUGUCGCGAGAUCUAGGUCACCUGAGCGAAGUCCCGUUGGCUCAAGGUUUCCGCGCUCUGACUCUCUAAGGUCUCAUUCUGGUCCCCGUGGUGCACCUCUGUUUGAACAGAGAUUUCACAGGCAAGAGAAGCUUGUGGAAGACCGUAUACGUGAUAAUCUGCCGAAAUUUUCAAGGGAUUCUUCACAAGCUUAUGGUAAGGAUGGAGCUAGGGGCCGUUCAAGUCAUUCAAAAUCUCCGGCAAACCCCCCUUACAACACAUAUAGCUCAUAUGAUGGUCAUAGUCAAACCAUUGGUUCUUAUAGAAGUGAUGGAUUUGAUUCUGAGAGGAGAGGACCUGACAUGCAAUCUGGUUCUCAGUUUGAUCAUCCUGCGUUCCCUAAGACAUUAGAGGAGUUAGAGAUGGAGUUUAAAAGGGAGGCAACGGAACUUGGAAGAAUUCGGGACAAGGAAGAAGAUGCAGAAAAUUACAAGCAUCGUGAGGCUAUAAGGGAGAUAAGAGAAAACCACAUGAAGAAACUGGCCAUGUUGAGGGAUAUGCAUGCAAAACAGUGGGAAGAAUUUCUUCAAUCUGAUGCCCAGAGGCGUCAGCAGCAGCAGCAGCAGCAGCAGCAACAACAACAACACCAACAACAAGCACGUCAGCAAAUUUCUACUUCAGGUUAUGGUCGUUAUAAACAGCAAGGUUUCUCCAACUAUGAUGGCUCCCCAGCUAAUCCCCGUUAUACGGGGGCCAAUUUAGUGGACUCAUUGAACAGGUACCCGAACCCCAUGGAAAACUAUCCUUCAAGGUCUCAUGAAAAUUUUGGUGAGUUCCAGCGCCAGAGGCGUGAUGAUUAUGGGAAAGCCUACAAUCGAUACUGAUUUGGUAUUCUUGAAUUAUAUUUGGGUCCAUUCUGGUCAGGGUCAGUAAACAUAAGGCAGAGGGAGCUUCAGAUCUAGGUAAGUAUGUUGUGUUGUGGUUAUGGAUGUAGAAGAAGAGAUUGGUGCAGAUUAAUUCGUUAGAACAGACUCUUGUUUUUCAGUUUGGUGUAGGCCCUGUUCUGAACUUCUUUGUUGUAAAGAAGCGAAACAAAGUUUCGAACUGUGUUUCUGUGUUAUUUCAAAGUUAUCGACUCUUUGCUUUCCCGAUUUCUCAAACACCAUCUUAGAGACUAGUGCAAUGCUUGUAUCUCUACAUCAUUAUAUGCACACGUGCGCGCGCACACACGUAUGUAGCUUCCACAUAUCUUUAUGCAUUGUCUAGAGCAUUCAGCGGCACCGAGCUGCAAGUUGUGGAAAUCUUGAGGAAUUUGUUUAUACUAUAUGCCACUAUGAAACAAGGUA